AAAUAGCUCCUGAUAAGCGAGCUCUUCCACUAUUUCUGCCGCUACGGCCUCGCCGCGUAUAUCAGCCCUUCAGCCUACUCCAGGUCCAAGAGCCCCAUUUCUCCUCGACUACGCCACUGCAAGAGCCUGGAUACCGUUGCUUCCCUGUUCAAGCGGAUUUGUCUUUGUAUCCCUUUACAACUUUCUGCCUUCUAUCCUUUGUCUCUCAUCGCACGUUCAGCCCUAUCGACUUAACAGAAUCCCUCGACAUGGACUCGGGUCUCUCUACACGCGCAACGGAAACCUUGAACCAACUUCUUCCCAAGGCCGCAGCCGUUGCUCCACCGAAGAACUACGACCCCGCCACUGCCGUUGAUCUUUCGAGUGCCCAGAACGACGUGCUGCGCCCCGAACUCCUCGAGUUCUUCAAGACCACCGUAGAAGAUGAGCUCACAGAAGAAGCUUUUGCGUUACCAGAUCCAAACGGUGGGGAUCUCAGCCUCCGCCGGGCAUUGUCCUCAUUCUUCAACUCAUACUUCAGCCCGAUCCACGCGGUGAAGCCGGACCACCUAGUUCUUACGGCAAGAGCGACCGAUGCAAUCGAGAACGUGAUACACGCUGUGUGUGACGACGGUGACAGCGUCAUUGUACCUGGGCCAUACUGGUAUGGCUUUGAGCCAAUAUUGAAGUCCCGAGCGAACGUCAACAUCAUCGUUGCUCGGCCGCCCACCUACCAAAACUACGACAACUACCUUCUACCUUCCCUCCAGGCAGCGUAUGAUUUCUCCGCCGAGAAGUCAAGGAUCAAAGCCGUUCUGAUAUGCAAUCCGCACAACCCUCUAUCGAGGUGCUACCCGAGGAGGUCACUGAUCGAAUGCAUGGAGUUCUGCCAGGAGCGUGGACUUCACCUGAUAUCAGACGAAAUCUACGCCCUUUCGACUCUCACAGACGCUCCGGAUGAUAGUCCGUCGUUCGUUUCUGCGCUGGCAUUGACGGAGCCCCUAGUGCCAGAGGGCGCGGUCAAGAUCGACCCUAGCCGUGUACACGUAGUGUGGAGCGCGAGUAAGCUAUUCGGCUCAAGUGGUUUGAGAGUGGGCUGUGUCGUCUCGCAACAAAAUCCCCAGCUCAUCAGCGCGUUGGCUCUCUUGACCGCUCAUCAUACCAACAACAUCGCAUCACUCUACCUGUCGUCACUGCUGGCUUGGUCGCAACUCCCGAUUCUCUUGGCUCUUAAUUCGGAAAGACUGACUGAAUCGUUCCGUCUACUUGCCAGCGCCCUGCAAGAGUGGGACAUCCCCUUCAUCACACCCACCGAUGGCAUAUUUCUCUUCGCGAAGCUAGCGAAACACGCCAGAAGUGUGGACGACGAGGCGGACUUUUACGACAGAUUAGCUGAGCAUGGGGUACGUGUCGGCCCUGGACGAUUCUACAAAGGCGUCGAGACGGAUUUUGGUUGGGCGCGGAUACGGUUCUCAGUUCCUACGCAGGUCAUGAAUUCGGCUUUGGAGAGAAUCUCGGCCUUUCUGGCGAUGGAGGCUUAAAAAGCGGGUUCACGGCUUCUUCCACGCCUCGUCGUAUCUACCUCACAUCCAGCGUCUGCUUAACGACAUCAAUCCGACUAUCUACUUCUUCUCUGAUAUCGAACCGUCUCGCCCUAACCAAAGGUAGCCAGGCGUAAUGCGCGUCACUAGUCUCAGUUAUCCGGUUCAUGCACUAGGUGCCACUCGAGUCAGA